GCUGUCAUUCUGCUAAUCACUUGUGUCAGUAGCUUGCGUUCAUUUCCGUACGGUUCACAACAUACGCACAUGUGUUGCAUCGUGAGUACCGAUAGUCCGACCGAGAAUAUUCAACUGAUAGCAUUUUAUUCACAAGGGAAAAUCGAAAAAAAAAAUCUCAGGAAAAGCACAAAUUGAUUCACAAAAUUAGGAAAAAUGUUUGUUUUAUACGAAACACCGGCAGGUUAUGCCAUUUUCAAGCUAUUGGACGAUAAAAAGUUGAAUCAAGUCGAUAAUCUUUAUUUGGAGUUUGAGACGCCAGAAAAGGCCAACAAAAUUGUGAAACUCAAACAUUUCCAAAAGUUUGCCGACACAACUGAGGCUUUGGCCGCAGCAACGGCUACGGUCGAAGGAAAAGUAUCGAAAACGUUGAAAAAAACGUUGAAGAAGCUCAUCGUCGAAGAUGUUCAAAAUGAAUUGUUGGUGGCCGAUGCCAAACUUGGUAAUGCCAUCAAGGAUAAACUGGAUUUGCAGUGUGUAUCGAACAGCGGUGUACAAGAGUUGUUGCGUUGCAUCCGAUCACAGAGCGAAAGUCUAUUGGCCGGUCUACCAAAGAAGGAGAUGACCGCCAUGGCUUUGGGUUUGGCUCACUCGUUGUCACGUUAUAAACUCAAAUUCUCGCCCGACAAAAUCGACACAAUGAUCGUGCAGGCACAGUGUUUGCUCGACGAUCUCGACAAGGAACUCAACAACUACUUGAUGAGAGCCCGUGAAUGGUAUGGUUGGCAUUUUCCCGAACUCAGCAAAUUGAUCACCGACAAUAUUGCAUUCGUGAGAACGAUUAAACUGGUCGGCACACGUGAUCACAUGGCCACCACCGAUUUAUCGGACAUUUUGCCAGAAGAUGUCGAAGAGAAGGUCAAGGAAGCCGCCGAAAUUUCGAUGGGAACAGAAAUCUCCGAAGAGGAUAUUUUGAACAUUCAAUCGCUUUGCGAUGAAAUCAUAUCAAUCAACGAAUACCGUACACAUUUGUCUGACUACUUGAAAGCGCGUAUGUUGGCCAUGGCACCAAAUCUCACAGUUUUGGUUGGUGAAACAAUUGGCGCACGAUUGAUUGCUCAUUCCGGAUCACUCGUCAAUUUGGCCAAACAGCCAGCCUCAACGGUUCAAAUCUUAGGUGCGGAGAAAGCGUUGUUUCGUGCAUUGAAAACGAAAAAGGACACACCGAAAUAUGGUCUAAUCUACCACGCUCAAUUGAUUGGUUCGGCUAGUUUGAAGAACAAAGGAAAAAUGGCACGUUCAUUGGCCGCAAAAGCAUCGUUGGCAACACGUUUGGAUGCAUUCGGUGAAGAUGUUCAAUAUGAAUUGGGUGUUGAACACAGGGCCAAAUUGGAGACACGAUUGCAUCUAUUGGAAGAGGGUAAUUUGCGACGUUUGUCGGGCACAGGCAAAGCAAAGGCCAAAUUAGAGAAAUACCAUGUGAAGACGGAAGUAUUAAGCUACCCAUCAGAAGCAGACAGCACAUUACCAACAACCAGUGGACAAAGUAAGAAGCGUAAGCUCAUCGAAGAGAUCAGCGAUGAGCCGGCCGAAGUUAAGGAAGAGCCACAAGAAGAGGGCGAGAAAAAGAAAAAGAAGAAGAAGAAGAAUAAGGACGCCGAUGAAUCAGUAGUCGAAGCUGAGGAACCGCCAAAGAAAAAGAAGAAAGUCAAAACCGAGGAAGCCGAAGAGACUGAAAUGGAUGUGACGGUCGAAGCAGACAGCGGCGAACCAAGCGGUGAAAAGAAAAAGAAAAAGAAAAAGAAGAAAAACAAGGCCGACGACGAUGACGAAUGAACACACCGCAUAGAAUUUCGAUUAUAUUUUUUUCGUUUCUUAGUUAAGUUUCUGAAUACAAAACCUUUUUUUUCGCAAAGAACCAUUUUUUUUGUUGGAUUUCCCACAAUUUACAAGUGUCGAAUUAUUUUCAACGCAAAUAUAACAAAAUAAAAAUAAACCAUUGAAUUAAUAACGAAUUCAGACUGUCGUUAAA